CAGAGAAAGCCACAGCUCGAUUCCUGGUCCUCCCUCUUUCUUUCUCCCUCCCUCUCUCUCUCUCCUCCAUUUUCUCUCUCCACUGCUACCAGGUCCAGCUCCGGUCGGGGCCAUUAUAAAACUCGCUCUCUCCCUUUCCACGCUCUUUUCUCGUCAUCCACAGUGACUGCCAAUGAAAAAGCUCCAAUUUUUUUUUCCACUGUAAAAUUUGGGGUUUUGGGAAAUAAGGAGUUCAUUCAUGGGGGUUUUUCAAAUUAGGGCUUGGAUUUGGCAAAGGAAGUUGCUUUUUGUUGGGAGGAGCAGGUGGGGGGGUUGAAAAGUAUGGUUUUUGGUUUUGCUGAAUUGUAGGGUUUAGGUUUGAGCUUUUUUUUGACUAUGGUGUGAAUUAGGUUAAGAAAGAAAAUGAUGAAAUGAUGGAGUGUGGAGCCCUGGUUGAGGAGAUGUCAAAAAGGUUUAAGUUUGAAGGGAGGUUUAAGUGUGAGGAUUAUGACAGCUAGAGCAAUAGGUUUUCUAAGUUAAGAUUUUUAUAUAUAGUUUAAACUACUUUCUUUAUACUUUAUAUUUGCAUUAGAUAUGAAGCUUUCAACAUCAGGGCUGGGUCAGCAGGCUCAUGAAGGGGAGAACAAAUGCUUGAAUUCAGAGCUAUGGCAUGCUUGCGCUGGUCCUCUCGUGUCCCUACCGACGGUCGAGAGUCGCGUGGUUUACUUCCCUCAGGGUCAUAGUGAGCAGGUUGCAGCUACAACUAACAAAGAAGUUGAUGCCCACAUACCGAAUUAUCCGAGCUUGCCGCCUCAGUUGAUCUGCCAGCUACACAAUGUGACAAUGCAUGCUGAUCUUGAAACAGAUGAAGUAUAUGCUCAAAUGACCUUGCAGCCCUUGACACCGCAAGAGCAAAAGGAUACAUAUAUUCCCGUUGAGCUUGGAAUUCCAACCAAGCAGCCUACGAAUUACUUCUGCAAGACAUUAACAGCUAGUGAUACUAGUACUCAUGGGGGGUUCUCUGUUCCUCGUCGCGCCGCAGAGAAAGUUUUCCCUCCAUUGGAUUUCUCUCAGCAGCCACCUUGUCAGGAGCUCAUUGCAAGGGAUCUCCAUGAUGUUGAGUGGAAGUUUAGGCAUAUCUUCCGAGGACAGCCUAAACGGCAUCUUCUUACUACAGGGUGGAGUGUCUUCGUCAGUGCUAAAAGACUUGUUGCUGGAGAUUCUGUUCUGUUUAUCUGGAAUGAGAAAAAUCAGCUACUACUAGGAAUUCGCCGUGCUACUCGACCUCAAACUGUGAUGCCAUCAUCUGUCUUAUCUAGCGAUAGCAUGCACAUUGGACUCUUUGCAGCUGCAGCUCAUGCUGCUGCUACAAAUAGCUGUUUCACAAUUUUUUAUAACCCAAGGGCUAGUCCAUCUGAAUUUGUCAUAUCCCUUGCGAAAUAUAUAAAGGCGGUCUAUCAUACCCGAAUUUCGGUUGGCAUGCGGUUUCGAAUGCUUUUUGAAACUGAAGAAUCGAGUGUUCGCAGAUAUAUGGGUACUAUAACUGGCAUUAGCGACCUUGAUCCUGUUCGUUGGCCAAAUUCUCAUUGGCGAUCUGUUAAGGUUGGCUGGGAUGAGUCGACUGCAGGGGAGAGGCAGCCACGGGUUUCGUUGUGGGAAAUUGAGCCUUUGACAACUUUUCCAAUGUACCCGUCACUCUUUCCUCUCAGGCUGAAGCACCCUUGGUAUGGUGGAGCCCCAUCGUUUCUAGGAGAAACUGGAGAGCAAGGACUUCAUUCCCUUAAUUUUCAGAAUGUUGGGAUGUUUCCCUGGACUCAGCCAAGAGUGGAUAUCAAUCAGCAGUACCAAGCCAUGUUGGCGGCCGGUUUACAGAAUGUAGGAGGUGGGGAUUCUCUCAAACAGCAAUUCUUGCAGUUGCAGCAACCUUUCCAGAAUCUUCAACAUCCGGGUAGUCAAAAUCCACUUAUGCAGCAGCAACAAGUAAAUCAACCAGCAAUACCCUUGCAGAUUCUGCAGCAAGUCAACAAUCAGCAACAGGUCAACAACCAGCUAGAGGAACACCGACAGCAACAUACUUAUCAGGAGGCAUUUCCGAUCCAGCAGCAGUCGAAUGUUCCAUCUCCUUCGUAUUCUAAAACAGAUUUCUCCGAUUCAAACAGUAGUAAAUUUUCGGCACCUGUUGCUCCUUGUUUACAAAAUAUGCUGGGGUCGAUGUGUGCUGAAGGUAGUGGCAAUAUGUUCAGCUUCUCUAGAACCGGUCAGUCCAUGUUCAGUGAGCCUUCCCAACAACCACCACAAUGGGUGUCAAAGUUUACACAUUUACAGGCCAAUACUUCCGCCAACUCGGUGACGCUUCCAUCAUAUCCUGGGAAAGAUUCUUCUGUGGAGCAGGAAAAUUGUAGCUCCCAGAAUCAUGCUCUUUUUGGUGCCAAUAUUGAUUCUGGAUUACUCCUCCCCACUACGCUACCGAAUAUUGGUACUUCAGUCAAUACUGAUGUGUCCUCUAUGCCGUUAGGAGCUCCAGGGUUCCAGAAUUCUUUGUAUGGAUGCAUCCAAGACUCUUCUGAGUUGUUGCAUAGUGCAGCAAAUGUUGACCCCACAACCCCCACCCGUACAUUUGUGAAGGUUUACAAAUCGGGGUCCGUUGGACGGUCACUGGACAUCACUCGGUUCAACAGCUACCAUGAGCUGAGAGAGGAGCUGGGUCAGAUGUUUGGGAUUGAAGGGUUGUUGGAAGACCCUCAGAGAUCAGGCUGGCAGCUUGUAUUCGUUGACAGGGAGAACGAUGUGCUUCUCCUUGGAGACGACCCAUGGGAGGCAUUUGUAAAUAAUGUCUGGUACAUCAAGAUACUCUCACCAGAGGAUGUGCAGAAACUGAGGAAGGAAGAAGUUGAAUCCUUCAGCCAACACACAGGUGAAAGGACGAAUACCAGUGGGAGUGAUGCUCGAAACCUUGUUUCUGGACUACCCUUUGCUGGCUCCCUUGAAUACUGAAUGAUUGAGAAUGAAAAUGCAGUCUUCCGAAUUCAGUUUGCUUCAAGAACCGUCGUCGUCUUCUAGUUCUAGAAUUCUACUAUUUUGUAUUUACUUCUUUUGUUCUUUUCAACUACUGAAGCUUUAUACAUGCUUAUUUAGUUGUUUUUUUAAAGUAUGGAGUUUCGUGGAUAUUAUUCAAGUAAUAUCGAACUUAGUAUGAAGGGAUGAGAGAACUAGGAACAUGUUUGGCUAGCCUAGUCUUUAGCCCUUGAAACCAGGGCAUCAAAUUGUAUUGUGGUUAUCCUGUAAUUUCCCUUGAUUUUCACAACCUCUUCUAUGUUCCUUUGUAUUGCCAAACUGCAUUUCUACCCACCUGCUGGGUUCAUUAGCUUGUGCUUCAUUCA